GACAGUUUCUUUUGACAAUAUUGAUGUGACGAAUCAUGAAAACAGUUUUCAUAUAAUUAAAAUUAAAUUAAUUCGUUUUCAGCGUAAAUAAUCAUGUCGAACGUGAACACGGGGGAGUUGUUGAACUUCCAGGACUAUUCUCCUGAACACAAUGACAGGAGCGCGAGAAUCGACGUGGAAGCAGUUCAUACGAAUCAGUAUACCAAUUCCAUGUCUAAUCCAAAUUAUUCUUACGAGCCCUAUGACGAACCUAAAGUGACGGAAGAACCGGAAGCUCCACCUCAAUCAAACCACAAUUUCUGGACAAUUGAAUAUUACCAGAAGUACUUUGAUGUUCAUACUGAGGAGGUGGUGGAGCGUAUCAUAUCCUCAGUGCUUCCUCAGCGCGUGUCUCGGAACUACUUCGACGAGCGUAUCAAAGGGAAGCCCGAUUUGUACGGACCUAUAUGGAUAUCUGUCACCUUAAUAUUCACAAUAGCAGUGAGUGGUAACAUUUCUAACUACCUCCAGUCUGCUAACAAGGCUGUACACUGGCGCUAUGACUUCCACCUGGUGUCCUAUGCGGCUACUGCUAUAUCAUGUUAUGUGUGGAUCGUACCGCUAGCUCUAUGGGCUGCAUUGAAGUGGACCACAGUGCCUGACGGUCAGGAUGAGAUUGAGACACAGACAUCAAAAACACCAACAAUGAUCUCACUGUUCUGCCUCUAUGGAUACUCUCUCGCGAUCUACAUUCCAGUAGCAGUGUUGUGGACAAUCCCCGUCUUGUGGCUGCAAUGGUUGUUUGUGUUGAUGGCCGCUUGCGUCUCCGGUGCCGUCCUCAUCUUCUGGCUACUCCCGGCUUUGAGGAAAUCGAAAUACUUCUUCAUACUAGUCGGAUCUAUCUUAGGGUUCCACUUUCUCCUUGCCACUGGAUUUAUGCUGUACUUCUUCCAUACCCCAUCAAGUGGUGUGAUUCCUUCUACCGUCAGCCCGUCUGUAACUAGUGCAGCACCAUAAAGAUUAUUAUGCAAAUGUAGUUUUUUUUAUUCUUAUUUUUUAAUGAGGCUUUGAACAUCCUGUGAUCAUGCCAGUCUCAUUAAUGUAGGUGUACUAUAAGUUAGUUAGGUCAGUUUUGAUAAUUAUCGACGUGAUUUUAUGUGGAGUAAGUAUUUAUCUAUCAUACUUGCACAAAAUGAAGGUCUUAUACGAGUAUUUUUAGGAUGGAUUAAGCUCUGCAACUUAUGAGCAACCUGGAAAAAGUAAUGUGUCUAAGUAAAAGUGUAGUUUAAGACUUAUGCUUUUACUAUGGUUGCGUAGUCGUUUCCAGGUUGCUCAGUUUACGGUUCCCUAGCAGGAUAACAUUCACAGGUUGCUUUUUCAUACAAAUUCCAUAGUAAUUUCGUGUUUUGACGUUUAGUGAAAAGUAACUGAUUUGACUAGUUGGAAACUAACUACCCUAUUGUAACUUUUCACCAGGGAUUUGUGGAUAUUAUUUCAUUGUAUUAUCAACGGUGAUUGAGUCAUGUUUCACGCGUGCACAGGAACUACUUACAGCCAUGGUAUAAGAAAACCAGGUAUGUUCAAUCCUAUGACAAGCCGCCAUUGCUAGCCUUUGAUGACGUAUAUGUUACCACUGUGUUACCAUUAAAUUGGUAUCACCAACAUUCCAAGACGUAAAUUUUAUUAUUGAAAAUUAAGUGAAUUACUGCCUAAUGUAUUUAAUUACUAUUACUUGUCACUUAAAUAAAAGUCAUUAAAAUGCAAGUAACUCUUUUACUAAAAGUUCAAAAUUUCCUAGCAAAGUA